AUGUUCAUGGCAACAGAUCCAUCUUCCUCUUUUACAGUUCCAAAGCGUAAAAUAUUAACCAAAGAAGAUUUACAGAGAUUUCAAGAGUCACCCGCGUUUCAUGAGUAUCUUGCCUUCAUUGAAAGAUUAAAUGAGUCGAUCAAAGGCCUAAAAUUGAGUACAGAUUGUGUUUUGUCUCAGGUAGUGCAAAAUAUAAUUGAUGUGCUCGAUAUAGUGAAUUCAUAUUGUGAAGAGAUACCACCCGUACGAAACGAAAAAAGUAGAUUUGGAAACCCUGCUUUCAGGGAUUUCUAUGAUCGAGUGAAUAACACCGCUGCAGAACUUCAUGAAAAUUUAUCAAUACCACCGGCCGCUAUACCAGAAAUAUCUCGAUAUUUUGUUGAAUGCUGGGGGAACCGAAAAAGAAUUGAUUAUGGAACGGGACAUGAAGCGAAUUUCAUUGCAUGGCUAUUAUGUCUAGAAAAGUUAGGAUUUAUUGGUCUGGAUGAUUAUCGGUCUAUUGUGCUUCGAUUUCAAUAUUGGCUUGAGCCCGCAGGAUCUCAUGGCGUGUGGGGAUUAGAUGAUUAUCACUUUCUUCCCUUUUUAUUUGGCUCUUCUCAAUUGAUAGGUCAUAAGUAUAUUCGUCCAAAAUCAAUUCAUGAUAAAGACGUGGUUGAAGAAUAUUCGAAAGAAUAUAUGUAUUUAGCUUGUAUUAAGUUCAUAAAUUCGGUAAAGACAGCCUCACUGCAAUGGAAUUCACCAAUGAUCAAUGACAUUUCUGGCGUUAAGACAUGGAAUAAGAUAAAUGAAGGCAUGAUUAAAAUGUAUAAGGCAGAAAUUUGUCUGUUUUAUCUUGUUCUGCGUGGUCUUGAUACUAUUGAAGAUGACAUGACCUUACCAAUUGAUAUGAAAAUAGACUUACUAUUGAGAUUUCAUAAAAUUAUUUAUGAACGAGGAUGGAAUUUCACUUCAAGUGGCCCAAAUGAGAAAGACCGGCAAUUAUUGGUAGAAUUUAACGUUGUAAUAGAAGAAUUUUUGAAUCUUGAAGAAAAAUAUCAAAUUAUUAUCGAACACAUAACGCAACAAAUGGGACAAGGGAUGGCAACUUAUGCCAAACAAGCAGCUGAAAAUAAUUUGGUCAUAGACACUGUAGUAGAUUAUGAAUUAUAUUCGCAUUAUGUUGCUGGAUUAGUCGGUGUUGGUCUUGCUGAUAUUUUUAUCGCCAGAGGAUUGUUAGAUUCAAAAAUAAUAGGAAACAUUAACAAUCAAGAAACUAUUGGAAUUAUUGGAAUAUUUCUUCAAAAAGAAAAUAUAAUUCGAGAUUAUUCAAUCGAUUUACGAGAAAAUCGGAAAUACUGGCCAAAAGAAAUUUGGUCGCGUUACGUGAAUGAUCUCCGAGAUUUAUCGAAACCCGAAAACCGUACUCGUGCGAUCUAUUGUCUAUCGGAUAUGAUCUAUGACGCGAUUCGUCGUGUACCCGAAAUCUUGGCAUAUUAUGAAAAACUUGAUAAUAAAAGGGUUAUUGAGAUCAGAAAGGGAUUGGCUGUUAAGUUAUUGCUCAAAAGUACCAAUAUAAAAGAUAUCGCAGAGAUAUAUUUGAAGUAUACAAAUGAGAUUCUAGAUAAAAACAAGGAUGAACUCGAUCCAAAUUUCACAAAAAUCAAUAAUGUCUGCAUUGAGAUUAAAGAAUGGUGUCAAAAGACAAUUGAUAAUUGA